GGUGGUGCAAAGCAAAGCAAGCAGCCAUGUUGCCGAGAGCUUGUUCCGGUAUGGGGGCAGGCUGCCGUGCUUUUUAGACCGCAUUCGGGCGCAUCUCUUGAUCUUCCCUGAGCACUCAGCCAAACAAUCGAUCGAUCGUGGAUGGUACAAGCCGAUUAACUGAAGCAAAAAGAUUCCUUCCAGUCGGGAAUAUCUGACGGGAAUAUUAAGCAGAUGGUGGUUUCAUCAAGACGGGCCACACUGCAGUGCAGCACUGGUGAACAACCUUAUAGCUAUCAAGAAGCCGGAGAGACAUUGCUUUUCCUGGAUUGUGUUCCUAGCUGUGUGGCAGCCACCAACAACUACCGCCACCAUAGCCGCCUGUGGUCAUCGGAGCUCAGGAUAACUGGCUAACUAGCUAACUAGCUCCUGACUCGAAAGAAUUGGCUAGCUAUAUGGGCUAAAUCAAUUCUUUUAGCAUUUCUACAAUUUUAUUCGUUUGGAUAUCUAACGAGACAUUAGAUCUAACGACAUUUUGAGCUGUUUUGUGCGACUUGGCAAGGUCGGAACAUCGCCUGGAAUAACUUUGGCCUGAAAGGUUUAUUGAGAUUUGAGUAUAAAUCUCGAAGUACUUAUUUGUAUAAAUCACUUUUAGUGUCUGUUUAGUCACUGAUUAAUAUUUAGCACAUUUUAACGCCAUCGUGCUAGUUAGCAUGCUGUAGUUGAACAGUGUCUUGUUCAAUACAUCCAUUAGCCUAACUUUUCUUUCCAACUAGCCGAAGGUUGCUAGCUGCUUCAAACGUCACAACGUCAAGCGACAGCUCCAUGGUCGCCACUGACUCAUCUUAAAUGAUAACGAGGGAUAUAAAUUCUUGAAUCAAAGAUCUUCGGAAUACAUUUGACUGUUUUUGACAAACAUGGGACCUGCGGUUGACGCUAGCUAGUACCUAGCUAGCUAACUCGGCUAGCCUCUGAUGUGGGAUCCAACUUGUUGAUUCACGGGCUAGCUGACGUGUUGCUAGCAGGCUGGCACAGGGGAUCUUGUUGGUGAUAUUUUUUAACCCAAGCAUCACCAAGAGCAAGAUUAAAUGAACAAAAGCCAGUGAAGAAUCAUUCUGCUUGUUGCAAAACAAACUCUUCAAGUUGUUCCAAAAUGUCAACAAGGACCCCACUGGUGCAAGUCAUUGAAAAUUCUGCAGGGCAGGACUCCAAGUCGUCAUCGGGCCGCUCUAGCAUGUCACGGUGUCGGAACUCCAUCGCAACCACCACUUCAGACGACCAGCCGCAUAUCGGCAACUACCGUUUGCUGAAGACCAUCGGCAAAGGCAACUUUGCCAAGGUCAAACUGGCUCGGCAUGUUCUCACUGGCAAAGAGGUGGCUGUUAAAAUCAUUGAUAAGACACAGCUCAACUCCUCAAGUUUGCAGAAGCUCUUUCGGGAGGUGAGGAUCAUGAAGAUGUUAAAUCACCCUAACAUCGUUAAGCUCUUUGAGGUGAUCGAGACAGAAAAGACUUUGUACCUGGUGAUGGAGUAUGCAAGUGGAGGAGAGGUUUUUGAUUACUUAGUUGCUCAUGGAAGGAUGAAGGAGAAAGAAGCCCGUGCCAAAUUCAGACAGAUUGUGUCAGCAGUGCAGUAUUGCCAUCAGAAGUGUAUAGUACACAGAGACCUCAAGGCAGAGAACCUGCUGCUGGACGCAGACAUGAACAUCAAGAUAGCAGACUUUGGCUUUAGUAACGAGUUCACUCUGGGGAAUAAGCUUGACACGUUUUGUGGCUCCCCACCAUACGCCGCUCCAGAGCUCUUCCAGGGCAAGAAAUACGACGGGCCUGAGGUGGACGUCUGGAGUCUGGGAGUCAUCCUCUACACGCUCGUCAGCGGCUCCCUGCCUUUUGAUGGACAGAAUCUCAAGGAGCUGAGAGAGCGUGUUCUGCGUGGCAAAUACAGGAUUCCCUUCUAUAUGUCCACUGACUGUGAAAACUUACUCAAGAAGUUCCUCAUCCUGAACCCCUCCAAAAGAGGCAGCCUCGAGCAGCAGAUAAUGAGGGACCGGUGGAUGAAUGUAGGCCAUGAGGACGAGGAACUCAAACCUUACAUCGAACCACAGCCAGAUUAUAAGGACCCCCGGAGAACAGACAUUAUGCUGCAGAUGGGAUUCUCUCAGGAGGAGAUCCAGGACUCGCUGGUUAAUCAGAAGUACAAUGAUGUGAUGGCGACAUACCUGCUACUGGACUAUAGGAACUCUGAGCUGGAUGAGGGUGGUAUCAAGCCCCGGCCUGGAAGUGAUGUAAGCAACAUAAAUGCCCCCUCCCCGCCUCACAAGGUACAGCGCAGUGUAUCAUCCAACCAGAAGGCUCAGAACCGCAGAGCUACUGACCAGAGCUCUUCCUACUCGAAGAGAGGAGACAACCGGACUUCUGGGGAUGAUUCUGGGAGGAAAGGUUCAUCGGGCAGCUCCACUACCAAGGUGCCGGCAAGUCCUCUGGUCUCCUCUGACCGCAAGAAGAGCGCCACGCCCUCUACCAAUAGCAUCUUGUCCACUGGCACUGGUCGCAGUCGGAACUCUCCUCUGACUGAGAGAGCCACGCUGGGCCAGGGCAUCCAAAACGGCAAAGACAGCCUAAACACUCCGGGUUCCCGCGCCUCCACUGCCUCAGCCGCAGCCGUCCUCUCCUCCUCCUCCUCGCGUCCCCGCCACCACAAGUCCUUGUCCUCCUCCAAUCAUCCAUGCCCCUCUGACCUGCAUGCACCACGACCCAGUGCGCCCUCUCAGCGGGCACCUGCCGCCUCCCCGUCGGCCCAUAACAUCAGCAGUGCGGCGGCGACCGACCGCACCAACUUCUCCCGCGGCGUGGGCAUCCGCAGCACGUUCCACGCGGGUCAGCAACGAGGGGCCCGGGACCAGCAGGGCUCUGCCUACCCUGGCGGGCCGGCAUCCCCGUCGCUGUCGCAUGGCAACAGCCAGGCACGGAGGACACACGGGGCCACUGGGAUCUUCAGCAAGUUCACGUCAAAGUUUGUACGCAGAAAUCUGUCGUUCAGGUUUCCAAGAAGGAGUCCUUAUGAGGGAGAGGGUCGGGAUGAGGGGAGCAGAUCCAUGCUGAGCAGCACUGUGGACAAGUCCGAGAAGACAUCCGGCGGUGUUCUCUCGUCCUCUUCCAACAAUGAUGAGAACAACUCCUCACCAGGAUCUGGGAACACUGGCGGCACAGGCACGCCCCCCGCCAUCGCCAGCCAGAAGGACUCGGCCAAGCCACGCUCACUGCGCUUCACCUGGUCCAUGAAGACCACUUCCUCUAUGGAGCCCAUGGAGAUGAUGCGAGAGAUCCGCAAGGUGCUCGACUCCAACAGUUGUGAGUACGAGCUGCGUGAGCGCUACAUGCUGAUGUGCGUGUCGGGCAACCCGGCCCGUGACGACUUCGUCCAGUGGGAGAUGGAAGUGUGCAAGCUGCCACGACUCUCCCUCAACGGCGUGCGUUUCAAGCGGAUCUCGGGCACAUCCAUCGCCUUCAAGAACAUUGCAUCGAAGAUCGCCAAUGAGCUCAAGCUGUGAGCUGUCAGAGGAGCGGAGGGUGAAUUGGGUGGGAGGGUGAAGACGGCUUGCGGGCGUGGCUAUGCUGGAGCUUGACAGGUUUGAAAUAACAUGAUUGUCCCACAAUGCUUUGAAGUAGGGCUAUCCCUAAGCUUUUCUCUCCUUUUUUGUUCCAACAGUUGGAACGCUUGAUGUGAAGUACUUGCAAACUGACAUCUUCUCUCCUUGUCUUUCUUUCUUUUUUCACAUUUUUAAAAAGAAUAGUUGUCUCUUCUGCAUGUCAGAUCUGCUCUUGUUAGAUCACCUCAAACACUCCUGUCAGUUCCCUGCUAUUUAUUCGCUGCACCGAAUGGUUCUGGGUGGGGAAGCAGGCUUGGACGGAACGCUCAGAAAUGCUGAAGGAUCGACUUCAUGAUGUAAUGUGGAGCCUUAAUUUGCUGGAGUUGUUCCGAUUCUCCAAAACUCAUUCAUGGACUCCCAACUGAGCCAUGCCUUCACACAAAAAUGACUUUGGAUGGACUUUGUUGAUAGAAAGGACGCCUCCUUUGUCACCAACCCAGAACUGAACCUUCCUCCUCACACACAUCACCUCCAGCACAAUCACCUCCAUCCUUUGCCCCCUCCUUCACUCCCUUCUCCUCUUCCCUUGAGUCAGGGUCAGACAAGGCCAGUUCGACUUGGUGUUAUAACCCACCCUGCAGCAACUCUUCUUUUAAAACAUAUUUUCCUUCUUUUAAUGCUUUUAUUUAAAAAAGUGCACUGGAAAAGAGGGGCAAAUGUCUAACCUUCCUCCUCACGAGCUGACCCCCUCCCCACCUCCUCAUUCGUCUGGUCCCAAAGAGUGAACACACACGCACACACACACAAACAAGUGUGUGUGAUCACUGAGAAAAAAACGCAUUAAAACAUACAACGAAUGUUGAAUUACUUUCCUGCUUUUGAUUUGAGAAUACAUUUUUGUGUUGUUUUAAUAACGUUUGGAUUUGUAAAAUGUGUUUUUUUUCUGUGGAGUGGGCGGGAGGGGAUCAUGUUAUUGCUGCCUUUUGACAUGUUCAUCAUCCACACAGUGUAUGGGAUUCAACACAAAAACCCCAAAUUGAGCAUUAUGUUAAUAUUGAUGGUGGUGGUGGCUGCUGCUUGUUGAUUUUAGGCCUUUUUUUUGUCUGCCGUAUCCAUUUUUUUUUAAAACUUUCCUUUUUGUAACAGCCUCACUAGUCCGGAAUGGCUCAGCAUAAACCCCACAACCCCCCACACACACAUCAGAGCACAUGUUCAAAGGCCACAAAUAUAAUUUUCUCUCACUUCUUGCCUCCAUCUUGUUGAAACAGUAGAAAACACACACGCACUGGUGGUGGCGAUAGGGAUGUAAUUGGGGCAAGGCUACGCUUUUUUCUUUUUAACAUGAUGACACUGUUUCUCUUCUGAGUCAUUUUUUUCUUUCAAAGUUGAUCAUUGUAUUAAGGUGCUGGGUAUCGGAUUCUAAUGAUUAUUCUGGCUGUUGCUGUUAUAUUAUCUCUUUCAGGGUUUUUUUUAUUUUAUCUCGCAUUAUUUUUUUGUUUAACAUUGCUGUAAUUUACUUUGAUUUUAAAUGUGUUUUGAGCAAACUGUAACUGUAGUGGUGGGUUUUUGGGGUCAGGCGGGGUCUUCAAGCUCCUGAAAAUGUAUUAUGUUUUUUUGUGCAAAGUUUAAAUGAUGAAAAAUUACAAUGAUAGUAAUAAAACAAUGAUAUAAUGAUA